AUGUCGUUCUGCGUCGCUACCCAAUCAUUUAUCUUUUACAUCCUCGCCUGCACGCCAUGCUCCAAUAUUCGACACCGCCAGAGGGCGCAACAAAAUGCAAAGAAGGAGCGCGGGGAGAAGGCGCGCAUCGUGCUAGAGCAACCACACCUAUACCAACACCCAGAUCCAUUCCACACGAACCCUUUCUGGACCGAGGAAAUCAGGAUGGGCCCAAGUUUACCAACAAAGAAGAGGGGUGGAGGGGACAACUGCAAUAAGAACAGCAGCCUGAGAGGUCUGACAAACCCGAGCCGGGACGGUGCAAGUGUAGGCACCGCGAGCAGUGCUGGAAUAAGCAAUCCCGACGGCACGGCACCCAACUCCAAUCACCUCCCUGUUGUGCUAGCAGACCCCCCCAAGAUGGCCAACGGGCCCCCGAUAGCACCGGAUGAGGAGGCCACGAGCCCCGUCAUGAGCAAGGCGGCGUCCGUCAUGACAAACGACGACUGGAACCUCAAGCGGUACCAGCGCGAGGACGAGGAGCUGUGGGGCAACGAUUUGUCACGGACAGGCCAAAAGCUUAUGGAUGCCCUUAAGCAAGCCGGUACUACCGCCGGCCGCUUUGUCGAGUCCAAGCUUGGAAUCGAGAAGCAGGUGACGGACGAAGAUCGUCACAACUUUUACUUUGCUCCGAAAAACCCGCCUGUCAACCAAUAUCACCCGCCCGUCGUCAGAAGCAAACCAGCGCACAAGGAUGCACUCCGGUGGAUGCUGCAGCCUCCGCCAUCGGCAAAAAUCAUGGAGGGUAAGGUACCUGUCAGCAGGAGCUCAAGCAUGAUGAGUGCGGGAUCUAGAAGAACGGUCACAUCCUCGGACAGGCAGUCACUCGGGAGGUUGGUGGGUGAGAAGUCAUUCGAGGCCAAAAUUCGACAGGCGGGUGUGCCUCAGGAUGGCGAGCUCCAUUCAACAGCGUCCCUGAACAGGGCUAGGUCCAGGAGAACAACUGCGACGUCGACGGUGAGAACAAGAAGCCGGCGCACAGCCAGAAGCAACAGCCUCUCGACCGACUCGGAGGAUUCGACUGAAGGGGCUGGUCAAAGAAGUCGGCGGAGCCGCCGCGCUGCUGUCACGCCCGAGUUUGUGUCGGACGAGGACGAGGACGAGUACAUCUCGAGGAGCCUAGAGUCACUGAGCAACAGCUCUGUCCCGGCCUACGUAGCCCAAAGGCCGAGGCUUUCGACUAUCUUCAGCUCUGAGAUCACAGAGAAGGCUUCAUCGACGCGAGUCGAUAACAAGAACUGUUCGACUUCGCCGCUGCAAGAAGUCACCAACGCGAGCACAGUAAUUGCAGGGAGUAGGGUGAAGGAGCAGCAGCAGGAAGUUGAGACUUCUAACAACAAAAUCUCCGUUUUACACGCCGAAUAA